AUGUCUGAACCUCAGCGCACCAUCGCGCGACUUCCGCCGCCCACCCAGGCAAAGCUCCGGUCGACGCAAAUCCUCACCUCAUUGCCGCAAAUUCUUUCAGAACUGGUCCAGAACUCUCUCGACGCUGAAGCGACACACGUGGAUGUCGGCAUAGAUGCCAAAGAAUGGAUCUGCUGGGUCCGCGAUGACGGACGAGGCAUAAGCAAAGCUGACCUCGAUUUUCUGGGGCGAGGGGAGGAGGGUGCCCGUUACAAUACUUCCAAGACGUGUGCACCAGGUGAUACGAACUCUUUGUCGACCUUCGGAUUUCGUGGUGAAGCCUUAGCGUCAGCUGCUGAUGUCUCUUGCCUGGAGAUAUGUUCUCGCACUUUGAAGUCCCGGAACACAUGGUCAAUUAUCCUCAAGGGCGGUAAACAGUUGUACAUCGGUCCUGCGGUACGUUGGAAACGUGAGACACCGGGAACGGUAGUCAGCAUACGUGACGCCUUUUAUAACCUACCGGUCCGACGGCUAUCCCAUCCAAAUCCCUUAAGAACAUGGGAACUUGUUCGGCAAGAGAUCGAGACGUAUUCACUUAUGUUUCCUCAUGUCUCCUUCACUAUCGAAGGUACGAGUAAUACUUGGGAGGCCCACCACAAAGACCGUACUAUCCGAAUACCUAAGAAUUCUUCUACAUUGCAGUCGUUUCGUCAUCUGUUCGGGAAUGCAUUGACUGAGUACGUCGAAGCGAUUGACGUCGCCCUCGGUUCGAUGAAGUUGGAAGGGUUCAUCAGUUUGACCGGCGCUGCUUCCAAAGCAUAUCAAUUUUUCUAUAUCAACCGGCAUCCCGUGGAAGUCUCCGACCUUCGCCGGGUCAUUGACUCACAGUUUGCUUCCAGUUCGUUUGGUAAAAAUGCUCUAGACGAAGAAGGAGAGAAGAACCUUCCGCGCUCAACGAUAAGAAGAUCUCCUCGAAAAAAUGAAAAGAAGCCUGUUUAUGUUCUCAAUCUAAGCAUUACCCCCGAGGAGGUAGAUAAUUGCUUCGACCCUUCCAAAAGCAUCAUUCAACUACAGAAGAAGACAAACGUUACCUCGUUUCUCUCGACAACGAUUCAGCAUUUUCUUGAAAAACACGCGUUCAUAAGUUGUAGCAAUGGAGAACCGUUCGGUGGAACUACUACCUCCCGGCACUCACCCCGAAAACGGAAAAAAGUGGAUUUCUAUGCUGUCGACGAUUCAGGUUAUGCGGAACAAAAUUCUAUUAGUGAAUUGUCUAAGCUGUCCGUCGAAGAUGACAAACCUGAAGUAGCUUCUGGCGACUUCUACACCUCUACGGACGGUCCGGAUGAGGUUACGUGGCUGGAUCGAGCCACAGGUGAGCACUUCGUGGUCAACACACGGACCGGACAUUCUCGAACGACAAACCGGUCUUCACAAGUGGUGAACGAACCUUGUCAUGCUACCAUUGUGGAUCACGGAGAAGGUCGGCGCACUCUGAGGCAACACAAAACCAACAAUUCGGCGGUGGUGGAUGCCAGCGCCAGACAGGACCCUUUGCCCAAGUGGCUGGAACAGGCGUUAGAGAGCAAUCGAACUUACGCCAUUACUGAAAACAGGAUACUCUCUGUCCAAGUGCCUCUAGCCACACAUCACGUUGCCUUAACCAAUGAUCCCUUCAAGAGCCGUGAGUGCCACAGAACCCACAACCAUUCGACUCCUCAAUGGACGAGAAUUGGCGCCCUUCAUUCGGGUUUUGAGAACCCCUCCUAUCGAUUCACAAAAGGUGAUCUCCGGCGAGCCGAUGUCAUUAAUCAGGUCGAUCGGAAGUUCAUUGCCUGCCGCAUAGCAAAGCGCAGUGAGGCAGGUUCUCAAAAUGAAUGCGGAGGAGAUGUAUGGCCGCAACACGAUUACUCGCUCGUUCUUAUCGACCAACAUGCAGCGGAUGAGCGAGUCCGUGUGGAAGACUUUCUCAAGGAGCUGUGCUUGGGGUUUCUCGAAUCUCCGAGCAGAAUGGAUAGCCGCGAAGCUGUAGGGGUCCACGUCAGAGACGUUACCCCACCUCGUCCAGUGCUUCUGACGCUACAUGAGGCUCUCAUUAUCAAGCGGUCACCAGACGUCCAAGCAAUGUUGCGCAAAUGGGGCGUUCGAUUCGUCGAACUAUCGAGGGCUGACCCGGUGUCCGACAGCAUUUCGGAUUCCGGAAGCUGUACUGGAUACUCUCAGCUUCUUGUAAGUGCCAUACCGGACAUCGUGAGUGAUAAGCUCCUUCAAGGAGACGAACUGCGGGAUUUCAUUAAAGGAUUCCUUGGGCAAAUCCAAAGUGGAGAACUAUCUUCAGAUUCUUGGGACUUGCCUUCUGAAGCAGCCCAAGACGAGUUUCUCUGGCUCAGGGCUGUGCGAAGCUGCCCAAAAGGUCUCCUUGACCUUAUAAAUUCGAAAGCAUGUCGAGGCAAGUACCUCCUUGGACCGUCUUCAUACGUGUUAGUAUUUUUCGUUGCCACUAAAAUGGAUUCCCGUCUAUCAACUCGUCAUAGGUGCCAUCAUGUUCAACGACUCGCUCUCGAUCGCACAGUGUGA